UUUUGGAGACUAUUUUUAAAUGAUAGAGCUGUCUCUCUUUUUUCUGUCCAAAAUUUUGAAGGCGUGCGUAUCGAAGUGAAAUUCACGGAAACUCAUAAUACGACAAUCGAUGUAUCGAACGACCGCUGUGCGAGGACGAAUCAUCGCGUUGAUUCACUGACACUUAAAAUGGAAUAACCAAGAUGGCAAGGCCAAUCAGAUUCAGUGUCGUUUUCUCUUUCACUCGUUUAGCUGCCACGUGAAAAAAGAAAGACAGAAAUAAAGAAAUAAACAAGUUAUUAUCUCACAAUCCACCGUUUAUUUAUUUCGCUCCAUGAAAUUAUAGUUAGAAAUAAUUAGGAAGUGUUGAUACAACUGAGAUAUCGUUUCUUUGAUAUAAUGUUAUUGUUUGUGGUUAUAAUAUCAGUUUUGCCCAUAAAAUAAUUCUGGUUUGCUUUUUAUGUUAAUUACAAUAUUGGUUGAGGCAACUCGUAGCGAGGUUUUCUUUUGAACUGAUGUAACAGAUUUAGUCAACUGGGAAUUUAUUUGUUCGUGAUAUUUGUGUGUAUUUUAUUAAACAUAUUUGAGGCUUUGUAUGAUAAAAGAGUAUUAGAUAUUAUAAAUUAAAAUUUUAGAAUCAGUUUUCUCAAUAAAAAUAUUAGAAAUAACACAAUGGAUAUGAGUAAAAUAGAUCAUUAAAGAUUUCCAACGUGCUUAACUCAGAUCUUAAAAUGAUGAAGAGAAUUGUCAUUGUAACAAUUUCUGGUGUCCUCGUAACAGAAGUGAUAUGGCAGUUGUACAAGAAAUAUAGACAUUCCCAAAAGAAAAUGAUAAAUACUUCCAAUGGCUGUACAAAGCAACUUUCUAAAAACUCGGGAAAGAAAAUCUUAGAAGUCCUGUUCUUUUCAAAAGACAGCAGUUUGUGUCGAUUUCAUCUUAAAAGCAUGAAACCAUGUGCAAAGCUAAAUUGUCCAGUAGCACAUUUAAAGAGGAUUAUAGAUUAUUUGGAUUCUGCAACUGCUACUUUGGACAUAUGUAUAUAUUUCUUUACGUUCUCAGAUUUAGCAGAUACAAUUAUAAGGGCCAAAAAGCGAAAUGUUGUUGUAAGGAUAAUAUUAGAUGAAUCUAUGUCACAAAAUGAUAGAAGCCAAAUAAUAAACUUUUAUAAAGAAGGCAUUAAACCAAGAUCAAAAAGCUUAGAUGUUUUGGUACAUCAUAAAUUUGUUAUUAUUGACAAUAACAUUUUAAUAUCAGGCAGUAUAAACUGGACCACUUCAGCAUUUUUUGGAAACUUUGAGAACAUGAUAAUAACUAAUGAAUCAGCUAUAGUUAAACCAUUUAUAAGUGAAUUUGAAAACAUAUGGACGAUGAUGCAAUAACUACAAAAACUGAUUCUAAGGACUUAAAUAAACAUUAAUAGUUUAUUUAGAUAUUAAACUUGUUUUUAAAUUAA